GACAACACUUCAUCGUUCUCCAAAGAUUAAAAAAGCAAUGAUGCAGGAAGAUAACAAUGGAGAUUUUGAGAUUGUUGACAAGAAGAUGGCAAGCCUCCUUGUUACAGAUACUUCCUCAAGCAGCAGUUCUGUUCUGACAAGUGUUGCACCUCCGUCUGCUCUUCCGUCGUUUAUAGCAUCGCCUUAUCCAUCAAAUAGAGCCCCACCCCCUCCACAUAUGAUGGCUCCAACACCCCCAUCAGGUCCCAGUUUCACAUCACCAGGGCCAGUGCCUGUCAGUCUUGCAGGUACACCAGGUAGUGGACCCUCCAUUGGUGCUCCUGUCCCAUCACCAGGACUUCCUCCCUUUCCCCCACUCACUUCUCCAGGUGGUCAGUCUCCUCCACCACCACCAUCUGCAACUCUUCCCUCUGUUGUACCAUCACAGAGUCAUCCAGUGGAUCAAACUCCUGUUGGUUCUGGUGCUGCACAAACAUCUCUUCCAUCAAGAAAUUCAACACAUUCAUUGACAAGUCACACUCCGCCUCCAGUUAGUGAAGGUAGUGUAGAUGCUUCUGCUUCUAUUGACCUUGGCUCACCUGGGGUAGGUGGAUCACUGGAAAAACCUGAAGGAAAGGGUUGGUUUGGCUGGAUUCGUGGCACUGUAUCGAGUGUGGGUCACCGCGUGGCAGAAAAAGCAAAGACCUCGAUGGAUACUAUGAUUACCACACUGGAUCCCCAAAUGAAGGAAUUUAUACAUUCUGGAGGAGAUAUGGAUAUUAUUGUUGCUUCAGACAAGGAGAUCAAAGUUGGUGCAGUUAGGGAAGCCUUCCAGUUUAUGUUUGGAAAGGCAACAGUCAGUGGCAUGGCAGCUCAAGCAGAAGGAGUUGCAGCUCAGCCAGUAGGAUUUGAGGCCGCACUUCAGUCUGCUGAGAAGCGUAUUAACUCACUCAGGUCUUCAGGACAAGUACAUCCUCAGCAGCCUAUUGUGUCUGUGGAGAACUUUAUAGUUGAAUUCACACCAGAUUGCUGGUUUGAUCUUGGUUUACUGCUCCUGGAUGACCCAGGGGAGGACAUCCUCCUACAGACAUAUACACAAGUAACUCCUGUCCCGCCAGACUUUGUAACCCAGGCCCGGGAUUCUACUCCCAGGGAUUAUGCAUUAAAAAAUUCUGGCUUUUCAACUACCAUCGGUCAAAUUGCUAGCCAAAAUCUUCAGGUGCAUCAUACAAUGUGGCAGGAGACUCUGACAGGUGUAUCAAGACGAGAGAUGAUAGUUCUUGCUGCACGCUCUCUUGCUGGCCUCUACAAAUCAAGACUUCCGCAUUCUCUUUAAUAGUGGUCUCAUAUUUAUUUGGUGCCAAGAAACUAAAGGAAUCAAAAGAACUCUCUAAUGAUAACAGAAUAUUGCCUUAAAUAUUUUAUUAAACAGAAUAGUAAAUUUCACUUUGGUGUUUUAUAGAUAGUUUAAAUAUUACCAUGUUGUGUUUGAGGGAAGUUUGUCUUGAUAGUGCAUUCAAAUUUAAAAUACCAUUAACUUUUUAUAUUUUGUAGGAAGUCUUGAAUGCUUAUUUUGAUAUACAAUAAAGCGUUUUCAUUGUUGAUCGUGUUGAUAGUUUCUGUAUACAGGUAUUUUUUCAUUGUUAUACCUUUAAAUAAAUUCUAAGUAAUUUUGUUUAUUUUUAAUUACGGUAAUUCAAGUUUGCAAAUACUGUAGUGUGUUUUGUCACCUGCUUACCUGGUCAGGAUAUAGAAGUUGCUUUUUCUUGACAUGUUUUACUGUGUUUACAUGAUACUAAAAAAAUGUUGCAUCUCAUCCUGGAGGGUGAGUUUAUAUUUAAAUGCAUGUUUAUUUUACUGUGUUUAAGACAUUUGUGCACUUAAUGGUGUAAUGAGCUAUAUACAGUACUGUACAGAUAGUCAUACAGUACUGGCUUUGCACUUUCUCUUGGCAAUUAAUUAAUGCUGUAAUGAAUGCUUUAAUUUUGCUCUAAUUUACUAAAUGAGUAAAGGCAAAUUCAGUAUUUGAUUACUUAGCAUAUGAAACAAACAUUGAGGCAGCCAUUAAUGAUGCCUUGAAUUUUGGCAAAGGUUAAUUAAUAUGAAAUUUUCCUGCUUGUAUAUAUAACGAUAGUGCAAAACUCUUGGGGUUCAUGUUCGACACCCUCCUAUCUUGAGUGUGUCUUGUCCAUUACAGUACCUGUGUACUGAAUGCAUUUUAUCUUAUUUAGUCUUGUCCAAAACAUACAAGUGGUUGGGCACCAUUCUGUCCCCCCUCUCCUUUCCCAAAUCCUUUUUCUCAUUCCUUCCAAGUGCUAUACAGUAGUUCUAUUGUCUUUAUGCUUUCUCCUGAUAAUUACCUUACUUGGGGUUCCAGCUCUCCUUAGUGCUCCCUCCAGUAAUGUAGCAGAUGCUGUUGCUAAUGUAAUCAUACCUGUUGCAUCUCCUGGAAGCAAAUUCCUUAGAUGGAUUUUCCACCCAAUCAUUCGUAACACGAUCUACAAUCUUUAACGAAAUACAGUAGAUGGUUAGCUGUCAUGCAUAUCAAAUGUACAAAAUCAAAUAUGAAUACUUCCUAUGGCUUUUUUCCUACUGUCAUUGAAAUUAGAAGUGGGGAAAUUCCUCUGACUAGGUUCUGUAUUAGCCAUACAAAAUUAACUGAGCUCUUAAUGGAGUCAAGAUCUACACCUUGUUGUCAGAACUGCAUUGUUCUGCUAAGUCACUCACCUCCUUGUAAAAUGUCGUUAUUUUCAGGAUCAGAAAUUGUUGCUUUUUCACUGUUCCUUUCAGUUCCAUGACCCUUGAUAAUCCUUGGUGAAUCUGACUUCUUUGGCAUUGCUUAUCUUGUCUUUCUGCUCUUGUAUCUGCACCCCAAACAAUAUUGUGAACUCUUGAAUAUUGUAUUUUUAUUUUUUAUAUAAUUACUCUUAACUUUCAUCUGACUUCAGUGUGCAGGUGACAACACUAUUUAAUUAAGCAUGAUGUUUGUGUAGCUCUUGAUUUUAAUGACAAAGCUUGUAAUCUCAUUAAUUUAUUAACUUUAUACAUGGUUUAUGCUAUUAAAUAGCAGAUUCUUAUAAUUAUAAGAUAUAGAUAAUUAGAAUUUUGUACAAGUUAUUUAGAUGUUUUGUUAAGAAUUACCCGGUAUAUAAAUUUAUAGCUGAUGAAUAAGAAAAAAUUCUUGCAUGUUAGGACUCAUAGACAAACAAAAAAUGAAUUGACUUUAAAAUAAUUU